AUGGAGGACGAAGCGUACAAGAACCUCGGCCUCGUCCGCAACCCGGACGGCUCCCUCACUCGACUUACCAAAUCCCCCGACGUGCCGGCGGUUCCCCGGGUCGACCCGGAUAGCUCCAUCCCCGUCGCCCUCUCCCGAGAUGUCCCCCUCAACCCCGCAAGCAACACCUUCAUCCGCCUCUUCCGCCCCCGGGAAACCCCACCGGCGGCCAAACUACCCCUCGUAAUCUAUUUCCACGGUGGCGGUUAUGUGCUGCUGGGCGCCGCCUCCGCCGUUUUCCACGACUCGUGCGCCAGCAUGGCGGCUCGGUUCCCGGCCCUCGUCGCCUCUGUCAACUACCGACUCGCCCCAGAGCACCGCCUUCCCGCGGCCUACGACGACGCGGUUGAGGCCAUCACCUGGGCCGCCGCCGGCGGCGGCGGCGACUCGUGGGUGGCAGAGCUGGCGGAUUUCUCGCGGGUGUUCCUGAUGGGGAGCAGCUCCGGCGGGAGCAUCGUCUACCACGCGGCCCUGCGGGCCGUUGAUAUGAACCUGGAGCCGAGGAUGAAAAUUGUGGGGCUGAUAAUGAACCAGCCGUUCUUCGGCGGCGUGCCGCGGACGGGGUCGGAGAUCGAGCGGCCGGGGGAUCCGAUUGUUCCCCUGCACGUGACGGACCUGCUGUGGUCCCUGGCGCUGCCGGAGGGUGCCGACCGUGGGCAUUGGUACUGCGACCCGUCGGCCGAGGGGCCGCUCGUGGAGAAGAUCGGGCGGCUGCCGGCGAGCGUAGUGAGGGGGUACGCGGCGGACAUACUGCUCGACAGGCAGAAGGAGUUCGCGGAGAUGCUGGCGGCGCGUGGGGUGCGCGUGGUGCGUCAGUUCUUGGAUAGCGGGUACCACGCGGUGGAGAUUUUCGAUCCAAAAUUCGCGGAUCAACUGUACGAGGAGGUCGGUGAUUUCGUGCGCUCGUUUUGA